AGUUUGACAUUGUAAAUAAGCAGAGAGCAGUUGUCAGAGAGCAGCCUGGAACCGCUCUCAUCCGUCCAGCAGCAGAAGAGGCAGGGGCCGCUCGACAAACAAUGCCGAGGCAAGCCACCACUAUCACACCCUCACUCAAUCCCAGAAGAGCUUUCCACAACUUUAUAUAAUCUUUUUCCCCUCUUCUCUUUUCUACUCUCUCUUCCUCUUUUCUUUUCCCUGACCCCUAUCCUGCAGCUCAAGGUAACUUAGAGCAGGAAGUUGGCUGUCGGUAAAAGGGGGCUGAGCGGAGGAAAGGGGAGGAGCAGGGGAUGUGUCAUAGCUGAUUGAUGUGCACAGCCUCCAAUGGCACAGAAGGGUCUUGUCUUCUCAUUGGUUGCAAGUGUGAGAGUGAGGCGGGAGCCGGGCGUGAGGCGGGAUUAGAGUAUCAUGUAGCAUGCUAGAUUGAUUACUCUUGAACGUUAAAGGGGAAGGAGGCUAGAGAUUUUAGUCUGAGAGUCAGGAGUGCCGCUGUACUGUUUGCCUGCUGUUGCGUUGUUGACUGCUGCUGUGCUGGCUUUCUGUUCCCUCUCGUCCUCUUCUCUUCACCGGGCCAGGGGUCAGCUCAAAGACAAAUGCACGGGUCACGACUAGAGAGAGGGAGAGGGGUGAGAGAGUGCAAAAGAAAAAGAGAAGGUCAGCUAGUUGAGGGGACUUGGUCAGAAGAGAAACGGGACAGACGGGGCUGCAUGUUUAGGCAGGAGGAGGACGUUGGGGUGCUGCUGAAGGAGACGGGGCAAUGUGUAAAGGAAGAGUGGAAGAGAGAAGGGGGAGGGGUAAAACAAGGGGGGCUUGCUCUUCUCUGUCCAGGCUGAGAGCCUUUUUUAGUGCCGUCCAGUGAAGCCAGAGUGCCUUUUGUCUGUUGAUACGAUCAGGGGACUGGAGGAGGUGAAGGAGCUUGAGAGUUUUUCUGUCAACCUCUGUGCCUCUUCUUCCUGCUGCUGCUGUUGAUCUCAAGGAGACUUGGACAGGGCUAUCGGUUUCCCUAUAUUCUGCUCAGCUCCAGCACGGCAGACCAUUCAACAUGAAGGGCACAGGGAUUAAAGGAUGUCUGCAGAUGCAUUUGGAGCCGGAGGGAGCGAUGCCCAGCAAACCCUGCAGUCCUUCUGGCCUCGUGUCAUGGAGGAGAUCAGGAACUUGACUGUGGAUUUCCGUGUGCAAGAGUUACCUCUGGCUCGUAUCAAAAAAAUCAUGAAGCUGGAUGAGGAUGUCAAGAUGAUCAGUGCAGAGGCUCCAGUCCUGUUUGCCAAGGCAGCUCAGAUCUUCAUCACAGAGCUCACCCUCAGAGCAUGGAUCCACACCGAGGACAAUAAGAGACGCACGCUACAGAGGAAUGAUAUUGCCAUGGCAAUAACAAAGUUUGACCAGUUUGACUUCCUGAUUGACAUUGUGCCCCGGGACGACCUGAAGCCACCGAAACGACAGGAGGAGAUGCGUCAGUCAGUGGCUCCAGCAGAGCCCGUGCAGUACUACUUCACUCUGGCCCAGCAGCCUGGAGCUGUACAGGUGCAGACCACACAACAGGGCCAGCAGCCCGGCGCACAAACAGCCACGACCAUCCAGCCUGGACAGAUCAUCAUCGCUCAGCCACAGCAAGGACAGAUGCUGCAAGGUGCCACCAUGCAGCAGUUACAGCAAUUGCAGAUGCUGCAAGGUGCGACAAUGCAGCAGUUACAGCAUGUGCAGGUGCAGUCACAGGGCACACCCAUCACGAGUGCGCCUGUCACAAUGCAGGUGGGUGACGGCCAACAGGUACAAAUUGUCCAAGCUUCAGCUGCCCAAGGUCAAGCCCAGACAGCUCAAGCCCAAGGCCAGACCAUGCAGGUCAUGCAGCAGAUCAUCACCAACACAGGAGAGAUCCAGCAAAUCCCGGUGCAACUAAACACGGGCCAGCUACAAUACAUCCGUCUAGCCCAGCCAGUGUCUGGAACUCAAGUGGUCCAAGGACAGAUCCAGACUCUCGCCAACGCUCAGCAGUUGACACAGGCAGAGGUACAGCAAGGACAGCAGCAAUUCAACCAGUUUACUGAUGGACAGCAGUUGUAUCAGAUUCAGCAGGUGACGAUGCCAGCAGGACAGGAGCUGAGCCAACCGAUGUUCAUUCAGUCCACCAACCAGACAGUUGACGCGCAGGUCACACAGGUCAGCACCGAAUGAGCCCAACAAGGAACCUUUUCUCCACACACACAACACGCACACCAGCCCAUUCAAAGCCAACAGAUGUCACCGACCUUGACAAAGGAUGCUCAUAAACUCCAAUUAUAAGCACUGCUCUUCUAGACGAGGGACCUGAAAUCUUAAAACUCUCUUUGUAAUAAAUUUAGUAAACUGGAUAACGAAACAACAACCAAGGGACACGGACUGACUCAAAAUGAUGACAUGUUAAGUUGCAUCCAUGCUUAGACACAGUUGAAGUCUUGUACUUCUGUCACCGGACACAAGAAUAUAUGCAUCCACUGCCACAGUCCUGACAGCAGUCUUUCCACAGACCGACUCAACUAUACUUCCAUGUCAAAGACUUUUCAAACAUAAGAGAAGGUUUUAUUCCUGGCGCCUUCCUUUCUGCUCUUUAUUUGGAGAUGAAUUGGGAAAGUGUCCGUCUCUCACUACAUGACAUGCUCCUGGUUUCUCUGUGGCUGAAGGUAGCCAUGAUAUUCUUCACCUCCUGAAUCAUACCCUCUUUAUUGUUUUCCAUAUAGUUGAUGGAUGAAAUGAAGCCAUAUACCUCAGAUAUCACUUUUUAAAGAAAGUAAAUCUAAG